AUGACUACAAAAAACGGAUCUGAUUAUCUUGGUGAUGGACGGGAUCUUUAUAGUAGCCAAUGUGGCGAAAAUAGCGGUGAUACAAUCCAGCUAGAAUCAUCCGAUGAAAGCUUUGAAAAUGAAAAUACUAGAGGUGGUAGAUUUUGGCAAUUGAUGCGUGCCUGUGCGCAACGAAAAGUCAGAGUGCACUCAUAUUCAUUCCGUCAUCAGCAAUUCUGCACGAUUGGUAACGUUGUACUUCAUAGCAAGGCUAGAACGAACUUGAGAAAGCAUUUCGAUAGCAGUGAUGUAUAUUACUAUGAUGUCGCUAGUGUGAUUCAACUCUGUAACGUUAUUAAAACUUCAACUUAUGAGAAAUACUUAAAAAGGCUUUCUAAGCAGAAAUUCAAAUGUCUUGCUGUUGCUGAGUCAAUUUUUCAGCAGCUGAAGCCUUAUUUGCUGGGUGAAACUGAAGCACAACCUUCUGCGAUUGAUCCAAAUGGACCUGUGCCAUUGUUGAAAGAAACAUCGUCGAUUAAUGAGAAGCGUUUGCAAGAGAAAGCCUCGAUAUCUUCCACAGUCAGCAGAAGAGCUAUGAAUGAACAAAUAACAGUUGAUGGUACCGAAGGUGAAUUUUUUGAAAAUCCGUGUUAUAUGGAAUUUUUGAUGAAUUGGCUUAUGCACACAAAUCUGGAAUGUGUCAAGAGCACCUGCAUGAUGAGACUAACGACAGAGCAGCAAAUUGAGUUAAAUACAAAACAUGAAAGUUGUCAUCACGUUUCUAUGACAAUCAAUCACCUUCCUGCUUCGCAUUUUUUUGGAUCUGGUUUUGGUUUUACUCAAAAGAAAGCCUUCUGGGCAGCGAGCCGAAGUAUCGUAAGACGACUGUAUUAUGCGGGUUUUAUAACACCAAUUUUGUAUCACACGAUUGGGAAAUCUGGUAAGUCUGAAUUUUCCGGAAAGAUAAAACGUUGGAAAUGGAAAUUUUUUGAGUGGAAAAAGGAAUGGAAAUUUGUGAAAGAUACUGUGGAAUGCUUUAGAAAAACGAUGACAAUAAAAAUGCCACAUUGGAUUCAACUUACAAAGAAUGGAUUCAGUACUGAGGAAUUUGUGAAAAUGAUAGAUGAAGUACUUAAUGCGAAUCGACUCACAACGCAAAGGCGUGAAAUGAAGUUGAACGAACUUGUAAAAAGAAAGCGAAGUGGAGAUGAAUUAAAGACACAGUUGAUAGAAACAAAGAAAAACAGGGAUUCUUAUACAGAAGCGAAGACUGCUAAAACUGCAAUAACUAUUAAUAAAGACUUCAGUCACGAUGAUUGUGCUGCUGUGGAGCGAGUAAAAGUUAAACCAAUGAUUACACUUGAACAUCGUUCUGUUAAUAAUGGUAUACGUGGGAAUCUAGCUUAUCGUGAAAUUGCUGAUGAUGCGGAUGUAAUUCUAGAAGAAGAAGAGAUUCUGCCUCCUGUAAACAUACAUACUACAAGCGUGUCUUCGUCACCUUUUAGCAGUUCAGGAUCAAAAUAUGGAACUUUGUGCUCACUUUUAGGCGUCAGCUACGUCGAAGAAACAUUAGCCAUACGUAGUGUUAUUAAGGAAAAAAGGACGACAUUUGCAAAAGAAUUCAAGUCAUUUGAUGAACAUAUCUGGAGACAUUUUCAGAUCAAUGGGCAGGAUGACAGGACAUUUUCAUGGAAAAUGACAGUUCGGCAAAAGCUUUUAGCACUUGUUCGUCAGGUUUACAAGGAUUCUAACUUGAUUGCCGUUGGUUCGACGGUAAAUGGUUGCGGUUCAUAUAACUCAGAUAUGGAUUUAUGUAUUUGCCAGCCAUACAAAAAUCAUAGUUUUGAAGCCAAUAGAAGUUAUAGUAUACACGUUCUGAGGAAAUUGCAUAAGAAGUUUGUUACGGAUUGGCGUCAAAUGUUUAAAACCUGUCAAUAUAUACCAGCUAAAGUCCCAAUAAUAAAACUGGAGAUGGCUGCACCAUACGAAGAAUUGGAAAUAGAUAUUAAUUGUAAUAACGUAGCUGGAAUAUAUAAUUCACAUCUUCUUCACUAUUAUUCGAGGGUUGACGAUCGUUUCCCAGCAUUAUGUCUGCUCGUAAAGCACUGGGCUAUCAAUGCUGGUAUUAAUAAUGCAAUGAUGGGAACAUUGAAUAGUUAUUCACUUAUUUUGAUGGUCCUACAUUUCUUGCAAUGCGGAGCAUUACCACCGGUUUUGCCGAACCUUCAAUUCCUUUAUCCUUCUUUGUUCAAUGCAACUUGCAGUCUAGACAGUUUAGAACUGUUUCGAGAUCUGCCACAUCCAUUGCCACCUCGUGAAUUCAACACCGAAACUGUUGGUGAAUUGUUGAUAGCAUUUUUUGAUUAUUUCGCUCAUUUUGAUUUCAAAAAUAAAGCAAUAUCGAUUCGUAAUGGAUGCGUUUAUAGCAGGGAUCUGUUAGCAGACAAUACUAUGCGCUUUAAGAUAUUUAUCGAAGAACCGUAUGAUCAGAGAAACACGGCGCGCUGUGUGACAAGUAUUGAAAAUCUACAACUUAUAAGAGAAGCAUUUACAUCUGCGAGAAAUGCUUUUUUGCAAACCUGGGCUGGACCACCAAAUUUAGAAUGCAUCGGUGUUCACUAA